AGGAGGAGGGAGCAAAACCCACCUCCCAGGAGGCGCUGGGCGUGGCUUAGCUUUCCCGUCCCUCCCCUGGGUCCUAGAGUCCCCCUUUCUACGUUUCUUUUUCUUCUUCAAGCCUAAAUAGACUUUUCUGGUCUAGGCUGAUCGUAACUGGCGGCUACACGGGGUACGAGUUUCUUCAAGAUGUGUGGGAGCAAAACAAUGCCCAAAGUUUUCCCCUUGCAACAAAGAAUAUAAACGACGUGGUUACAUUAAUUGUCCACAGUAUGUAGAAUAAGUAGCUGAAAAAUGGAAGCUAUGAAUCCUGAGAUCGAUUCUCUGGUUCCCGAAAAGAAAUGGCAACCUAGAAAGACAUAUCCAUGCAAUCGUAGCGAGCCGGAGAUGGAAACGAAGGAGGACCUGAGAAGAAAACUCCAUCAAGCCAAGAAAGAGAAACUGGAUAUAACUGCUAAACAUAAUGCAGAACUAUCCAACUACGAAAGCCAGAUUGCCAAGUUGAGAGCCGAAGUAGAGAAAGGCGAGGCUGUUCGACAAAGCCUGGAGUAUGAGCUGGCUGUUGCAAGGAAAGAAGUUGGUAUAGAACGGUAUUCCUCAGAAGGCAAGUUGUGUGAAGCAGACCUGCAAAUAGAACAACUUCAAGCAACAAUCAGAACUUUGCAGCACAAGUUGAAUGAGACAGAGAGAGCCUAUCACAUAGCUAAACAUCAGUGGGACGAAGACCAGCAACGACUCAUCAAUGACAUCUCCGAAAAAGAACUCAUCAUUGAUACUUGCAACAGUGAAUACGAAUUACUUUUGAAGGAGCGGGCUAAACUGGACAGCAUUUUGAAGGAGACAAAGGAGCACCACCAGAAGCAGAGGAGAAUAAUAGAGUCAGAGAUCAGGGAGGAGGCAGCAAAGGAGUUGAGGUCUCAGGCAGAUCGGUGGAAAGCAGAAAGAAAUGAACUCCAGUUUCUCUUGCAGGACAGCAACAGCGCAAUGCAGAGCCUUCACCAGAAAAUGCAAGACAUGGAGCUGCAACACAGCAGCUGCGCCGAAGGGCUGAGGCAGCAGGCCAGCGAACUCGACUUCAGCGCCGAGCGAGAGGCCCGGCUUAAGAAAGAGCUUGAGGUAGCUACAAUGAGAAUAAAGAAACUGGAAGAGAACGUUGAGGCAGAGAGAGCAGCACACCUGGAAUCAAAAUUUAAUUCUGAAAUAAUCCAGUUAAGAAUUCGAGACCUUGAAGGGGCUUUGCAGGUGGAGAAGGCCAGCCAAGCAGAAGCGCUUUCUGACUUGGAAAUGAUCAAAGGCAAAUUUAGAGAGGUGGAAAAUGCCUAUGACAAAGAGAAGCGCAACGCUCACGAGAGCGUCGAGAAACUCAAUAGCCUGGAAAGGGAGUACGUCUCCAUAAACAAGCAGCUAAACGACGAGCUGGAAGAAAAGAAGAAAGCAAUUACAGAGCUCUCAGAGAGACUCCUGGAUAAUGAAAAAAGUAACAAAGAAUUACAGGAUGAACUUGUGCUGGCCAAGAAACGCCAGGCCUUCCUAACAGAGACGUGCGAAAACAACGUGAGAGAUCUGGAGUUGCUUUUGAACAGCUUUCCUGUGUCAGGCAAGCGGGCAGCAGGCAUUCACAAGGACAAAGAUAAACCUCCGAGCUUCACUCUUGUCCUUGAGACUUUGAGGCACACCUUGACAGAUUACCAGAACAAGCUGGAAGAGGCUUCUAAUGAGCUAAAGAGAAUGACAGUUGUGUCUGAGAAGAUGGCAAAAGAGUUUGAAGCGUCCCAACACCAAAUACAAUUUCAAGCUCAAGAACUUCAGGAAGUGAAGAGUAGCCUCACCGGUGCCAGCAAAGAGUUAACCCAUUUGCAAGCCAAGAGUGCAGAUAGAGAAUCUUUAAUAGCCACUUUGAAGAAGGAGCUGCAGAAUGUCCUGCACUGCUGGGAGAAAGAAAAAGUGCGUUCUGAAGAAUCCGAACAUGACAUCCAGAAGCUUGCGCAAGCUUAUGAGAAGGAUGCAGAGGAGAAGCUAACCUUCCUCCACACUUUGUACCAGCAUUUGGUAGCCGGCUGCGUUCUUCUAAAACAACCAGAAGGCAUCCUGGAUAAAUUCUCCUGGCCAGAGCUUUGCACAGUCUUGCAGGAGAAUGUUGAUGCCCUGAUCUUGGACCUCAACAAGGCUAAUGAGAAGAUAUCGCACCUUGAGUAUGUUUGUAAGAACAAGUCCGAUACGAUGAGGGAGCUUCAGCAGACCCAGGAAGACACUUUCAGCAAAGUAACGGAACAGAUGAAAGCUCAGGAAAGCUGUUGGCUGAAGCAGAAGAAGGAAUUGGAACAGCAAUAUUCUGGGCUCCUCGGGGAAGUUCAUGCAAGGGCACAGAAAUAUCAAGAAAUGGCAGAGAAAGCCAAAGAGAAGUUUGCUGCUGCCGAAAAGAGGUUGGAGCAGUUGCUCUUUGAGAACUCGCACUUCAAGACCAUGUUGACCCAAAACCAAAAAGAGCACAUGUCUCUUCUGGCUGCAUGCGCACUGCUUUCCGGAGCCUUGUAUGCGCUCUACAGCCGCUCGUGCACCUUGUCGACUCAAAGGGACCUCCUUCAAGAUCAAGUCAACACCUGCGACGUUUUCAAGCAAGAGAUCCGGACUCUGGCCAACGUUUUGUCCGAGGCCGAGGAAAGGAAGCCGAGCGACGGCCAGGGGAAGAAGCAAAAGCAUGGAAGCAGCAUCCUCCACCUCUUCCGCAAGGGCGUCAUUGCCGUUCUGGCCGCCAACAGGCUUCAUCUCUUGGGCCAGUCCUGCAGCUCCCUGUUCUCCUGGGUGGACAACUUCAGAGAAGGCAUAGGAAUCCUGGUCUGUGCAGGAGACUCCAAGGAUGCGCAGAACCUGUCAAAAAAACAGAAGGAACAUGUCCGUUCUCUUCAAGCGCUUAAUUGGCUUACCAGUCCUAGUCUCCUUGCCGCUGUCCUCAGUUCAAUGGUAGAGCUACAAGAAGUGGUUAACCAGACAGAUAUGAAUUCAUGGCUUUCCGGACAUUUGCUUAUCAGUGCGGCAAGGAAUUCUUUUUCAAAACUCAUGGACAAACUUUUCGUCAUGAUGGAGUUUGCCGGAGCAGAUGGCCGCCAGAGCAUUACCUACAUAGAGAAAGACACGUUGGUUCAGAGACUGGCUCGCGGGCUCCAUAAAAUAAACGCUCAGGCUCUUAAAGCAGGCAUCAAUGAUAGAGCCCCUGCUACGAAAAGCAUAGCAUUCUUGCAGAGGCAAAUAUUUGAAUUUACACAAAGGCUACAUACAGCAGAAGUUGAACGACGGUCACUCCGCUUAGAGCUCACAGAAUUCAAAAGGAAUUUGAAUGAGAUGAGGAACGAGGCUGACAAAGCCCAGAGCCUGCAAGAGCAAUUAAAUGCAUUUAAGCAAUCUAAAUUGAUCACCCGAGAGAGGUUUGAAAGUGCAUGUGAAGAACUGAAUAAUGCAUUGCUACGGGAGCAGCAGGCGCAAUUGCUUUUGAACGAACAGGCACAACAGCUUCAGGAGCUGCAGUAUAAACUGGAAGUGCAUUCCUGCGAAGAAGCAGACAAAAACCAAACUCUAAGCGAAGCUGUAAAGAGUCUCUCCGAGGCAAAGAUGGAGCUGAGAAGAAAAGAUCAAUCUCUGCGUCAGCUCAAUAGACAUCUUACCCAGCUGGAGCAGGACAAGCGGCGGCUGGAGGAGAGCAUCCACGAUGCAGAGAGUGCCCUCCGCAUGGCAGCAAAAGACAAAGAAUUAAUCGCGGGUCAUAUGAAAUCAGUAGAAGCCCACCUUCAGAAUGUCAGAGAUCAGAUCUCGCUGUCACGGACUGCGGCAACCAGGAAUGACUUCACCCUGCAGCUACCUAAGCUUCACCUGGAGACCUUUGCGAUGGAAGGGCUAAAGGGCGGGCCAGAGGUUGUAGCAUUCCAGGCGAUGGUUGUAAGUUUUAUGGAUGUCUAUCAACUUGCGUGCUCCAGAGUCUCUACACUAGAAAGAGAAAUAGCCUCCCACCAGCAUCACAUUGCAGCUCUGAAAGCAGAACUCCAAACAGCAUGCCUUCGUGAAAAUGAAAGCUUGCAGUCGGACCCGCAAAACACUUUAAGCAUCCCUAGACCUUCAAGAUCCUUAACCCAGCUGGACCAGAGUUGCAUCCCAGACUUUUUGCCACUCAAGGCAGAGUCAGACUACGAUACAUCUUUUGCCUUGGUACACAACAGAUCCCAAUCUGAGAUUUCCUCAUAUUCCUCGACCCUGAAUUUCAUACCCACCACCAAACGAGCAAUGCAAAAUGGAUGUUAAGAUCUGAUAUUUUUUUUGUAAGCAGCUAUAUAAAAAUAAAUGUGUGUAACUAAUUUAAAAAAAAAACCUCUUAUUUGGAUGUUUUGAGCCUUCGAAUUGCACUUAUUUCUCUAUGCAUUUCCGUGGCAUUAAUUUUGCAUUAUUCAUUGCGGGGAUUUCACGGGUCGUUCCUAUGUUCCUGCGCUCCCAGCAUACUGAAAAAGAGUUCAUUAAAAGAAAAAAGAAAAAGUUUUUAUUUAUCACGGCAGCUCAUUUUUAUGUAAUAUAUUUUUAAAUGUUAAAGAAUGACACAUUUUGGGUAAUUUUCCUGAGACUUUAUAUAUAUAAAAAAAUCAAUAAGCCAUUUUAGUCUCUAUCUAUCAAAGUUGUUUCAUACUUGUCUAUUUUAAAACAGGGCUGCAAUACUUUAAUAGGAUUGAGAGAGCUAUUUGAAAUGUAUGCCAAUGAUUCCUGUCAUUUCAUGGCAGCCCUGCCAUGGUUCACUGAGCCCCCUUCUCCUCUCUUGUCAGCUCAACUGAAGACAAGCAUUUAGUUGCAAACUUUAAGCAGGUUGUGCAAAACAGAAAUGAUGUGACUGCUUCUCUUCCUGCACAAUAAUGUCACUCCUGGUCAAUGUGAGAAGGUCAGGUUGCUUCUUGUAAACCUACAUGAUGCUACUUGCCCAUUUGAACAAGUUAAGUUAAGUGUGGAAUCCGGUCCCUGCAGGCAUUGCAAACUCAUCCUUUUAUCAAGUCCGCAUUUGAUAAGAAAGUAGAAACAAUUGUGCAGGGAGGAAUCUCUCCCUCUCUCUUUUUUAGAUGAUAUGUUUAUGUACUUUUUAUAAGGGCAGUUCCCAAACCAGGAUUGCAGGUAAUAAAUUUAGUUUAAGCUGCAGAGACUUUAAAGUAAUGGCCGUUUUGACCUUCAAAAUAGACUCCCCUUUUUUGUUGUUGUUGUUGUUGGUAGUAGGACCCAAGAGUGACGCCCAUCUUGGAUGCUGACAGAAUUUAAAGCAAGGCCAUUGCCCUGCAUUUUCUGCCUUGUAGCACACAAAAGUAAAAUUGUAUGUCAGGCCGAGAUGUCGGGGAGCUGACAAGAUGCCCCAGUGACAUUUCAGCUGGAAAGAGCAAGUGUCUUGCAACCAAGUGGUCAAAUAUCAAAUAAUAGGUCAAGCAGGAAGGAGCUGAGUUCUAACCACAAAGAGGUUUCUAGUAACUUACUUGACAAGCUUUUGGGGGCUUUGUGGCUUGACAAAGUGAUGUUCUGUUGGGUAUCGCUAGACAGACCGUUCUUUAUCGCCUUCAGAAGAUCAGACAUUGACAUUGAUUAAACUCUUUAACCCUUAAAGGUUAAAUCCUGGCUGUAUGCGUCAUUGUGAGUAAAGAACAAAAGAAAAUUUGUAAUAUAUACCAUUUGUUAUGGUAUUAAUCACCCCAACUCCCCAGUGCCAUUAACAUUUGAUGUGUAAUGUAGUUUUUGACAGCGAUAUUGAAUGCAAAAUCUAUAUGUUAGAUUGCUUCUCAUUAUGGAUCAGGGAUACAUUAGAAAAAUAACAAUGUGCUUUAUGGAAUUUGUAAUUUCUCGUGCUUUGAUAAGAGCAGUGAUUUGAUUCCACAGGUCCUGACUAGUAACAUUUGUCUUUGUUCUUUUGCCCUAGAAGAUAAAAUUUCCAUAUGUAAUACACCUACCGUUAUAAGUAAAAUCAUGCAAAUUUCCAAGAAAUGUACUCCAAAGCCACUCUGUAGAACUCUGAAAAAUUUCAAGUAUUUCUCAUCCCUAGUUUACAAAGUGGUCGCACACGUACAAUUGCAGAUGUACUUGUUUUCAAAUGAACCAGUAAAAAAAGAAAAGAAAAAGUCCCUCUUUUCAUGGUGUGUUUUCUCUAUGAGGCAAAGUUCUAUUCUGCUUCUGUUCCUCCUAGUCGUUGUGGUUGCUACACACAUACUGAAAAUAUUGUACAUUGAUCUCAAACGUGGAUCAGUUGCUUUUAUCCACACACAGGGCUUGCCUUUCUUUGUGCCAUACCCUUGUUUCUUGUUUAAAGUGAGCUCAAAGGCAAAGAUCUGAGUCUAUUAAAAGCCACCACAAAUAUUUUAAGACUAUAUGGCCAGAACUUUGCUUGUUUACAAUGCAUGACUUUGCACUACCAAAACCAUUUCCACACACACCCAAAAAAAACCUCCAAACAUUGGUUGUGGUGAUGUUCAGUUUUAAACUUUGCUUGUCACAACAGUGACACAAUGUAAUUUAUAGUUUUUAAAAAGGUCGUGCAGUAAUAAUGAGUUAAGCAUUGCUGCCUUUGGGAAAUCAGAACAUUUCUGGUUUGCAUUUCCCUACUCAGCAGAAGAGCCGCAACUGGAAGUUUGUAAAUGGUGUAUAGGAACGGCUGUUUUGCAAGGAGGUUAGCAUGAAUAUUAUAGGAUAGAUAGGGGUAGAUGGAUCAGUCUUUUACCAGUCGAUACCAAUUUCACAUAUGUUUGUUCACAAGUCUCAUUUCCGUGAGUGUUAAACAAACUAAACAAGCUAUUGCUUAGGGCCCCACUCUCUUGAGAGCCCCCAAAAAAAUUAAAGAGGGGGGACUCAAUGUACCUUUCCAAAAUAUAAGAUAAAAAACAAAUAAAACCUACAUACAGCAACAGCGUUUUGUGUUGCGUAGGCUCCUAUUUGUUAUGUGCAAAUGGCUUUAGAUACCUAUUAGGUCCAUCAAUGACCAUCUAGCAAAUAUUCAACACAAAAAACAGCGACAAAUUGUUGUUGACAAAAGACAGCUGGGCAUAUAAAGGGCCCCAUUACCUUCAGUAGCUGAGGGCCUCAUCAAAC